AUGCUGACACUGGACCGACCAGUCAGCCUGCUCCAUGCCCGAUCUCUGUAUGAAGCCCCACCCAGCCACUGUGUGCUGACACUGGACCCACCAGUCAGCCUGCUCCAUUGCCAAUCUCUGUAUGAUGCCCCACCCAGCCACUGUAUGCUGACACUGGAGCCACCAGUCAACCUGCUCCAUGCCCGAUCUCUGUAUGACGCCCCACCCAGCCACUGUAUGCUGACACUGGACCCACCAGUCAGCCUGCUCCAUGGCCAAUCUCUGUAUGACGCCCCACCCAGCCACUGUAUGCUGACACUGGACCCACCAGUCAGCCUGUUCCAUGGUCCAUCUCUGUAUGACACCCCACCCAGCCACUGUAUCUUGACACUGGACCGACCAGUCAGCCUGCUCCAUGGCCAAUCUCUGUAUGACGCCCAACCCAGCCACUGUAUGCUGACACUGGACCCACGAGUCAGCCUACUCCAUGCCCGAUCUCUGUAUGACGCCCCACCCAGCCACUGUAUGCUGACACUGGACCGACCAGUCAGCCUGCUCCAUGGGCAGUCUCUGUAUGACGCCCCCCCAAGUCACUGUAUCCUGACACUGGACCGACCAGUCAGCCUGUUCCAUGGCCAAUCUCUGUAUGACACCCCACCCAGCCACUGUAUGCUGACACUGGAUCGACCAGUCAGCCUGCUCCAUGCCCAAUCUCUGUAUGAUGCCCCACCCAGCCACUGUAUGCCGACACUGGACCCACCAGUCAGCCUGCUCCAUGGGCAGUCUCUGUAUGACGCCACACCCAGCCACUGUAUGCUGACACUGGACCCACCAGACAGCCUACUCCAUGGCCAAUCUCUGUAUGACGCCCCACCCAGCCACUGUAUGCUGGCACUGGACCGACCAGUCAGCCUGCUCCAUUGCCAGUCUCUGUAUGACGCCCCACCCAGCCACUGUAUGCUGACACUGGACCCACCAGUCAGCUUGCUCCAUGGCCCAUUUCUGUAUGAAGCCACACCCAGCCACUGUAUGCUGACACUGGACCCACCAGUCAGCCUGCUCCAUUGCCAGUCUCUGUGUGACGCCCCACCCAGCCACUGUAUGCUGACACUGGACCGACCAGUCAGCCUGCUCCAUGGGCAGUCUCUGUAUGACGCCACACCCAGCCACUGUAUGCUGACACUGGACCCACCAGACAGCCUACUCCAUGGCCAAUCUCUGUAUGACGCCCCACCCAGCCACUGUAUGCUGACACUGGACCCACCAGUCAGCCUGCUCCAUUGCCAGUCUCUGUAUGACGCCCCACCCAUCCACUGUAUGCUGACACUGGACCCACCAGACAGCCUGUUCCAUGGCCAAUCUCUGUAUGACGCCCCACCCAGCCACUGUAUGCUGACACUGGACCCACCAGUCAAACCUGCUCCAUGCCCGAUCUCUGUAUGA